UGACGUAAAAAACUGACGUCAAUUUGUUAAAUAUAGUUUUGUAUGUUUUUAAGAAAAUAACGUACGAAUGACAUGUUUUGCGUAAUGCAAUCAGGGUACCAACCCCACCCAGUCUCCCUUCCCGCGAGGCUAAUUGUUUAAUUGAAAUUAUUUAAUUAAACAAUCAUUAAAGUUUACACCUUAUGACGUUAGUGCAUUAGCGAACAGCAGCCCCCUGAACUAUCCCAAUAGUGCACUCUGCACUAAAAAUGAGAUGAAAAAUUGCCGUUUCUGACGAGAACCUUUGUGAGCAAGCAUCGCUAACAAAAUACUAUAUUUUAUCUUCUCCUGGUUUUAAAUGCCUCGCGUAGUCUAAUAUCCGUUUUAUUUAAGCACUUUCUUUUUCUAUUUUUGUAUUUGGUAAAAUAACGCGUGAUUUAUGCUCCGGUCAAAUUCUGUGGUACCAAAAGUGACAGUUUUUCUAUCGACAGAGCUCAGGAGCUCAGCCUCUUUGUUAAUCAGCUAUUCAGUGAGUUGUGUAAUUGUUCUCAAACAUUUCGACUGUCAGCGGCGCACGAAAGCCCAAGGAAAACCACUUUUCUCAAAGGAGUCAGUGUUUAAUUUGAAGACGUCGAAAAGACAGCAGCAAAUUAAUCGUUUUUUCGGACCGCUAGCACGUACGUCAUCAGGAAGGUAAGCGUUAUUGUAAAUACGUAAGUGUAUUCCUUGUUUACAUAGCUCAAUACAGAGAUGAUUUCAAAGAUAUUAAACUGCCAACAAUCAUCCCUCAAAACCCUGGAAAUUACGUUUCCGAGAACCUAACUAAGUCUCCGGGGGAGUGGUGAAGCACGCCUCGGGCCCCUUAGAAGACUUCCCCUUCGGCGGACAAUUCCCCCAACCCCCCUUCACCAAAUCCUGGAUCCGCCCCAGCUGUCCUUGUCUUGAUGACAAGAUGAUAACAAGAUGACAACGUGUUUUAUUCAAGAUGAUGAAAAUAAAAUACAAGACAAAGCACAUAUUGCAAAGGAAACCUAGAAGUCGACUUAUGGCGUUUCUCUAAAUAAAAGGAUAAAACAGAUAUAAACUAUGUACAAUGAAAAUAUAUAAAUAGAAUAUUAAUAGUCUUGAAGCAGUCAGAGCUUCCCUAUCGUGUGUUUAGCAACCAAGUCUGUUCCUAAGAGAGGUUUUUUCGUUACGUACAAGAAACACUCGGAUAGUUGGGCCCAAACCUCUAGUCUGAAUUUCAGCCGUGUCUUCCCUUUACGUAUCCAUCCAUAGACUUUUCAUGGAGUCCACUCCAUUCGUAACUUUUUGCGGUGGAAUCAGUUCCAGUCCCGGGAUCAUUUGCAACAGAAUUUGGGGAUCAUUAGCAGGCCGGGAUCAUUUGCGGGCCUGUAGAUCUGUUUAGACUUUUUGACACCCUCUAGCCUUGGUCACAGAUUGCUACGAUUUCAAACUUUGUUUGUUUGUAACUGUUGCUGCGGAUACACAUAAAUCUUUGCACCCUCAGGAGCCAGGGGCCCAGGAAGGAAUCGUGGGAAUUCUGACAAUGAGUAUUACAAAGAACCGAACUGAAGUCUUUACUCUUUGACAUUCACGGUUCAUGCAGCCGUCAGAUAUUUUUUUUAGGAUUACACGAGAGCUUUUCAAGGACAAUUGAACAAUAUUCAAGCGCUUGUCUCCUUCAGAAUCUUAUGUAAAAUUUGUUCAGGUAGGGAAGUACACACUUCGCGUUUCUACAUGCUACCCAAGAAGCGCUUCUCGCACCGAACAAUCCUGGGCGUCCUACUGUGUCUGCAUGUUGUUGUCCUAGAGAGAACAUCGCAGCAUACUUCGAUGAAGUAAUGGCUCCUUUAGUUGGAUUCCUUCCCACCUACGUAAAGGAUACCAACGAUGCUCUCAGAAUCUUUGACACCUUUAGAUUUGACGGCUCCGAUAAGAACCCCCGCUUCCUGUUCACAAUGGACUUAAAAUCACUCUACACUGUGAUUCCCAGCAAUGGUGGAUUACAAGCUCUCUCCCAUUUCUUCGACCAGCGAGCCCACAAAGAACCACCGACCCACACCCUUACACGACUGGCUGAGUUUGUCCUCACUUUAAACGCCUUUUCGUUCAGUGGGGAAUACUAUCACCGGGCCAUGGAGAGCAAGAUGGGUCCUAGUUACGCUUGUCUGUACGUGGGAUGUUUUGAAGAGCAGAUUCGCGCGCGUUAUACUGGCUUCGUCCCACAGCAGCUCAGGCGUUACAUUGAUGACGUUGUUGGGCGCGCACAGUGCAGUCGCCACGAUUUAGAGCAGUGCAUCAAUUACGUAUCUAACUUCCACCCGGCUCUCCAGUUCACAUCUACCAUCAGUGAACUGGAAUUGCCGUUUCUCGAUAUCAAAUUGAGUAUUAACGGCGACAAGUUACAGACAUCGGUGCACUACGAGGAAACGGACACGCAUAACUAUCUCCAUUACUCGUCACUCCAUCCUGAUCACUGCAAGGGGGCAAUUCCCUACAGUCAGUUUCUUCGACUCCGUAGGAUCUGCUCUGAUGAUACUGAUUUCGUGAACAGAGCUACAGAGAUGAAGGAAUACUUCCGGGCGCGUGGUUACCCUGAUAAACUUGUCAACAACGAUCUCAAAAAGGUCUCAACCGCGCGCUCCACGCUUCUCACACCAACAAGCCACAAUGAAAGCACAAGUAACAAAGUCCCGUUGGUAUUAACGUAUAAUCCAUUCAACGUCGGCCCCAGACGGAUCUUGCUUGACAAUUUCAACAUCUUGUCCUCCGAUCCCGAGGCACGUAGGGUUUUCCCCGAACCUCCGCUGGUAUCAUAUCGGCGUGAGCGACACCUCGGUAAUAUCCUCGUGCACUCCGCUGAUGCCUCGCCGUCUCCCACUGAUGCUGGUUCAUUGCCCUGCCGACGGCCUCGAUACCAGACGUGCAAGCACAUAGCUUCUCAGACUUUUCUACAAGGCCCAAAGAGCGCACAUAACAUCCGUGACCACUUCACCUGUCAGUCUGAGAAUGUUGUGUAUUGCAUUUCUUGUAGUCGCUGCAAUUGCCUAUACAUCGGAGAGACUGGAGGGCGACUAAGGGAACGUUUCAGCGAGCACCUCCGCAGCAUUCGAAACCGAUCGUGCGGGUUUCCCGUAGCUGAACAUUUCAACUCCACCUCCCACUCUCUGGAUGACAUCAUGGUCUGUGGCUUGAAACAGUGCUCUGGCAGUAACAUCAGCCGCAAGCAGCACGAAAUGAAAUUAGUCUUCAAGCUGGGCACGCUUCGACCGAACGGACGGAACGUUAACUUUAAUUUCUUGUGAAUGUGGGUCUAGCGCAACAC